AAGGAAAGGGGCGGGUCCUGCGCGAGGCAUUUUGGGAACGCGUGGUAUUGUGGGAGCGCGGGCCCCGCCAUUAGUUCCCCACACGCUUACGCAUUCGCCAGAGUCCCUGCCGCCCCAGAAAGGAAGAGGAGGCCGGAGCCGAACUCUCUUCCUGCCAAGAUGUCUAUUGGUGUGCCCAUUAAAGUCCUUCACGAGGCUGAGGGUCACAUUGUGACAUGUGAGACAAAUACCGGUGAGGUGUAUCGUGGGAAGCUCAUUGAAGCGGAGGACAACAUGAACUGCCAGAUGUCCAACAUCACAGUCACAUACAGAGAUGGCCGAGUGGCACAACUGGAGCAGGUGUACAUCCGUGGCAGCAAGAUCCGCUUUCUGAUUUUGCCUGACAUGCUGAAAAACGCACCCAUGUUAAAGAGCAUGAAAAAUAAAAACCAAGGCUCAGGGGCUGGUCGGGGAAAAGCUGCUAUCCUGAAGGCCCAAGUGGCUGCAAGAGGAAGAGGACGUGGAAUGGGACGUGGGAACAUCUUCCAGAAGCGAAGAUAAAUGUAUCUAUUGAACAGAGCUUGCCUUUUUAUUUUUUUUUAGGUUAUCUGGGUUCAGGGCUGGGGAGUGGGGGGUCGGGGUGGGUAUGUACUUGUGUAUGUGUGCUAGGUUUUCUUUUGACAUCUUUCUCUUUAGAUCAGGGGAAAUGUUAAACUAAAUAAAUAUGGUUGUUUUGGGUUG